CUGUCGUCAUUGUCUCCCACUCCUGUGGCCGUUGGUGGAACACUGGUGCUGGACCAGCGCUGGAGCAGCAGCUGCAGGAUCUGCUCCUGGGCUGCCCCUGGCCAGCCACCUUCUAGCCUCAGUGCCAGAUCUGGCCUCUGGAUAGACAUCCCGAGCUCGUCUGCCAGCAGGCAUCCCCACACUACUUUGGCACUGGCAAAGGUGGAAAGGAGAGGCACAAUGAAAAGGAAAGCAAGAGCCCAGAUUCGACCACACAUCAAGGUUGGCAGUGACUUUCAGGCUGAGCUCCCUGAGCUGCAGACCACACCACCGAGUGAGGAUGAAGAGCAUGCAUCCCUGGUCUGGAAGCCUUGGGAGGAAGAUGACUCUGCCAUGGAAAAACCUGACAGAGUAAGACAACUGUUGGACAUGGCCAGCGCCCGUGGCGUUUCCGGGCCAGCGGCUAACCUGGAGCUGGCCCUGCACUGCCUGCACCAGGCACGCGGCAGCCUUCCGGAGGCUCUGGACAUGUUGCUCUCAGGGGGGCCUCCCACACCUCAAGGCCACCCCUUGGCUGAUUAUCAUUACGCAGACUCUGACAUAUGGACACCUGAGGAGAAGGAGUCCUUCGAAAAGGCUUUUCACACCUAUGGCAAGGAUUUUCAUCUCAUCCAGAAGCAGGUUCAGAGCAAGACUGUGGCACAGUGUGUGGAGUACUACUACACCUGGAAGAAAGAACAUAAACUUGCCAAAAGUCUUGCUCAGACUGUGAGCGAACCAAAGAGGAGCCAAAGCCCUCCCAGAAAGGAGAAUAGGGAGACAGGGAAGAGAAGCCGCAAGAGGGCCCGCAACGCGGAGUGUCCCUGCUGCCAAGCGCCCCAGCCACCCCAUUCGGCGGGAGGCCCCUUUCCCUGCGGCCAGUGCAAACGGGUGUUUGAAACCGUGCAGGAAAGGAACGCACAUAGGAGAAGACAUCGCGCACGGAAGGAAGCAGGGCCUCUCCCCAAGAAGAAAAAAACAAAUUAAGCCUGCCACUUGUCCAGGGCUAACAGGAAUUAUCUGUCAAAUGAUCUAGAUAGGAAUCAGAUUGGUUUUCACGUUUUUAGGACUGUUCAUUCUUCUAUUUAGUUGACUAGACAGACAUUUCUCAAUUUGUUAGUUAAGAUUCAUUAGCUUUCUUAAAGAUUUAUUAGGAUUACUAGAUUAUUAUGAUGAUUCGGUUAUUAGAUUAUUAGGUUAUUGGGUUAUUAGGUUAUUAUUGUUAGAUAAAUUAGAUUCGAUUGUUAGAUUUUUAGAUUAUUAGUGUUAGAUUCUUAUCAGUCAGUGUAAGAGCUUUGGUGUUGUUUGCUAAACUCCAUCUUUUGUUCUCUUGUUUUCAUUAAGACAAUAGCUGUCUUUCUCAUUAAAGCAAAGUUUUUUCCAUUU